CGUCGCCGGCGGGCGGCGGGGCUCGGCGGAGCGGCGCUCCGGCCCGCGGACAAAGCAGCGGCGAGCGCGGCGCGUCCCGGCCGCCCGCUUGUGAGCGCGGGCGGCGGCGAUGGCCGUGGCCGGGCAGGAGGACUACGCGUACCUCUACAGGGACUCCUCUCACCCCGUCGGCUUCCUGGAGGCGUUCCGGGCGUUUUACCUGGACGGGCUGUUCACCGACAUCACCCUGCAGAGCGCCUCGGGGGUCUUCUUCCAUUGCCACAGGGCCGCCUUGGCGGCUUGCAGCAAUUAUUUUAAAGCCAUGUUCACAGCCGAUAUGAAGGAGAAAUCUAAAAGCCAGAUCAGCCUUCCCGGGCUCAGCCACGCCGUACUGGAAGCCCUCGUGAAUUAUGCGUACACAUCACAGAUCCAGAUAACAAAGAGAAACGUCCAAAGCCUACUCCAGGCUGCAGACCUCCUCCAGUUCGUGUCGGUAAAGAAAGCCUGCGAGCAGUUUCUGGUGAGGCACUUGGAUACUGACAACUGCAUAGGGAUGCACUCCUUUGCCGAAUAUCACGAUUGCUCAGAGCUAGAGAAAGAGUCCAGGAGGAUAUUGUUGUGGCGGUUUGAAGAAGUGUGGAAGCAGGAGGAGUUUCUGGACAUUGGCAAGGAGAAGCUCUCUUAUAUUCUCUCCAGAGAGAAUCUCAAUGUUUGGAAAGAAGAGGCAGCCAUUGAAGCUGUCAUUAAGUGGGUCACACACAAUGUGGAAGAAAGAAUUGAAGACGUCUAUGAACUGCUGAGCUGCAUUAAAGUAGACUUAGAUAACAUGUAUUUGAGGUCAGCUUUAAGCCUACAGAAAAAAUGCCGACUUAAUGACAAUAAAAUAAGGUCACUCAUAUACAAUGCCCUGAACCUCAAUCCCAAAGGCCUUUCCAGAAGACCCACAGCAGCCAUGUAUGUGAUCGGAGGAUAUUACUGGCAUCCCUUAUCGGAAGUGCAUGUUUGGGAUCCUUUAACCAACGCGUGGGUCCAGGGAACAGAGAUGCCGGAUCACACCAGAGAGAGCUACGGGGUCACUAGCUUGGGACCAGACAUAUAUGUGACAGGAGGUUACAGAACGGAGAGCAUUGAAGCCCUUGACACUGUGUGGAUAUAUAACAGUGAGAGAGAUGAAUGGACAGAAGGCUGCCCCAUGCUUGACGCAAGGUAUUACCACUGCGCGGUUUCCUUGAGUGGCUGCAUCUAUGCGUUGGGUGGUUACCGAAAGGGAGCUCCAGUGCAAGAAGCUGAGUUCUAUGAUCCUUUGAAAAAGAAAUGGCUUCCUAUUGCAAACAUGAUCAAAGGUGUUGGAAAUGCCACCGCCUGUGUCCUGCAUGAAGUCAUCUACGUAACCGGAGGUCACUAUGGGUACAGGGGAAGCUGCACCUAUGAUAAAAUCCAGAGAUACCACUCAGGUAGCAAUGAGUGGAGUAUAGUCACCACAAGUCCGCAUCCAGAAUACGGAUUGUGUUCAAUUACAUUACAAAACAAGAUCUAUUUUGUGGGUGGACAGACCACGAUCACGGACUGCUAUGACCCAGAGCAAAACGAGUGGAAGCAGAUGGCUCACAUGAUGGAGAGAAGGAUGGAGUGUGGCGCGGUGGUGAUGAAUGGAUGCAUCUAUGUAACAGGAGGAUAUUCCUAUUCAAAAGGAACGUAUCUGCAGAGUAUUGAGAAAUACAACCCUGAACUGAAUAAAUGGGAAGCAGUAGGUAAUCUUCCCAGCGCUAUGCGGUCACAUGGCUGUGUCUGUGUGUAUAACGUGUAAACAUUUAAUUUUCGUAUUGCUGUUACAGAAAACAGCAGGUGCAGUAUUUGUAAUAGUACUGAUUACCUCAUGAAUGAAAUGUCUAAUACAAUCUCUUAGUGCACAUCAUUAAAAACUAGGUAUAAUUUGUCUUUAUUUUAAACAAUUCAGCAAUAUAAAUGUGGUAACAAGAUUUCCA